GCAUUGGCACGGUGCCCGUGGGCCGGGUGGAGACAGGCAUCCUGCGGCCGGGCAUGGUGGUGACCUUUGCACCGGUGAACAUCACCACUGAGGUGAAGUCGGUGGAGAUGCACCAUGAGGCUCUGAGCGAAGCUCUGCCCGGCGACAACGUUGGCUUCAACGUGAAGAACGUGUCGGUGAAGGACAUCCGGCGGGGCAACGUGUGUGGGGACAGCAAGUCUGACCCGCCGCAGGAGGCCGCUCAGUUCACCUCCCAGGUCAUCAUCCUGAACCACCCGGGGCAGAUCAGCGCCGGCUACUCCCCGGUCAUCGACUGCCACACGGCCCACAUCGCCUGCAAGUUCGCGGAGCUGAAGGAGAAGAUUGACCGGCGCUCUGGCAAGAAGCUGGAGGACAACCCCAAGUCCCUGAAGUCUGGAGACGCCGCCAUUGUGGAGAUGGUGCCGGGAAAGCCCAUGUGUGUGGAGAGCUUCUCCCAGUACCCGCCUCUCGGCCGUUUCGCCGUGCGCGACAUGAGGCAGACGGUGGCCGUGGGCGUCAUCAAGAACGUGGAGAAGAAGAGCGGCGGCGCCGGCAAGGUCACCAAGUCGGCGCAGAAGGCGCAGAAGGCGGGCAAGUGAAGCGCGGGCGCCCGCGGCGCGACCCUCCCCGGCGGCGCCGCGCCCCGAACCCCGGCCCGGCCCCCGCCCCGCCCCCGCCCCCGCGCGC